UCAAAAGCUGCUCAUAGUUACACUGCUAGAAACAUGGGCUAAUUCCACUGACUUCUGCAGAGUAAUUCCAGCUUUACACUGGUGUAAACGCCAGCAGAGAUUGUCUCUGUACCUUCCCUGAGCAACGGGGAGAGACUCCGUGUGAUGGAGUGAAUUUAAUCUGGACAAAUUCGAGGGGCUCUAUGGUCUAUAUUUGUGUCUUGAAGGAACUCUAAGGGCACGUUUGUUGGGCUGGGUUUGUCUGAAGAAUUGUUACUUCGCAUUUCUUUCAUUGUGAUUGGGGCUGAUACAUUCACACCACUUAAGUAAUUUUGUCAAACAAAAGAAACUAGAUUAAACAAGACAAGACACUGCCCCUUUGCCAGUGGGCUGGGGCCCAUCCGCUCUGUGCACAUACCAGCUGCAGCUGAGGAGGGGGCAGAUACUCCCUAUCUAGCUGGGCUGUCAUUAAGGAUUAGUGGACUCAGAAGGAGCAGGUGUAACAAGGAGACCUGGGGGAACCUGCAAAGCCAGAGAGGCCUAGGAGAGAGGACGAAAAGGUAUCCAGUCUACAAGAGAUGGGGGACAGAAAGGAGAAAUGGCUGCACUGGAGCCAGCUCAGGUCCCAGUGACAUUUGAGGAUGUGGCUGUGUAUUUCUCUCGGGAGCAAUGGGGCCUUUUGGAUGAUACGCAGAGGGCCCUCUACAGGGACGUCAUGCAGGAGAAUUACCAGACUCUGGUCUCACUGCGAUCGUCCAUUCCCAAACCUGACGUGAUUUCCCAGAUGGAACGAGGGGAAGAGCCAUGGGUCCCAGACCUCCAGAGCGCCCAGGGAAGGCAGAUCCCGAGAGGCGCCCGAACAGCAGGGGAUGACGUCAUCGCCCAGAGGACUCCCGCAGGCGAUAAGCCGACCAUAUGCAGUGAGUGCGGGAAGAGCUUCAGAGGGAGCUCAAACCUCGUUCAGCAUCAGAGGAUCCACACGGGGGAGAGACCUUACGAAUGCACAGCCUGUGGGAAGAACUUCCGCCAGCGCUCGCACCUCCUCCAGCACUGGAAGAUCCACACGGGGGAGAGACCCUUUGAAUGCCCCGACUGCGGGAAGAGCUUCAGCGUGAGCUCCGCCCUCAUUAGGCACCAGAAAACCCACACGGGCGAGAGACCCUACGCAUGCGCCGAGUGCGGGAAGAGCUUCAGCGUGAGCUCCGCCCUCACUAGGCACCAGCGGAUCCACACGGGGGAGCGGCCCUACGUCUGCGCCGAGUGCGGGAAGAACUUCAGCGUGAGCUCCCACCUCGUGCAGCACCAGCGCAUCCACACGGGGGAGCGGCCCUACGUCUGCGCCGAGUGUGGCCGGAGCUUCAGCCAGAGCUCCCACCUCCUCCAGCAUCAGAGGGUCCACACGGGCGAGCGGCCCUACGAAUGCACCGAGUGCGGGAAGAACUUCAGCCAGAGCUCGGACCUCAUCAAACACCAGAGAACCCACUCGGGAGAGCGACCCUACGAAUGCCCUUGCUGCUUUAAAAGCUUCACCUGGAACUCAGUGCUCAUUAAACACCAGAGAGUGCACAUGGGACAGAGACCCUAUGAGUGUGGCCAGUGCGUGGAAAGCUUCGGCCCUCAUCGUCCCUCAGAGAAACCACACACGGCACAAACCCCACUGAUGGAGCAUCAGGACACGAGCCAGCGUAAUGCACUUGCUCUUAUGAGCAAGUCACUUCAACUCUCUGUGCUGAGUCUUCCACCUCUGCCUAAAGGAAAAUGGGAAUAAUGGGAUCUUGUUUAUAGGAGAGGGCUCUGCUCACCCACCACCAGCUGGGACUUUUCCUGGAAUUAUAGGGUUUGGGAGGUUUCUUUUCCUUUUACUAUAGAGUGGGUUGAGUGCUGUUUCUGGAAAUCCAGGUUUAGGAGGGUUUUCCAGUGAGUUUGGUUCCAGUUUCAGUAAAGUCUUUAUUUGUUGCUGUGGGUCCUUGGAAUUUGGGUUUGAAAUGUUAAAAAUUCUCAAUAAAAGUUUGCGUUAAGAUACCAUUGUCUUGGAAAUUUUGUUAGUUCUCAGAGUGCCAGAGGCUAAUUUCUCCAGAUCGAAUUAUUCCCACUUUUCGGUAUGCAGCCCAUUUGUCAGUAGUGCCUGUGAAUGUCCAGGAGACAGGUAUGUGAGACCCCAACGUGGUGACUCAGAGAAAUGUAGACUCUUCCAGCAGCAGAUCCACUCUUGCUCCCUGGUACCAACUCGAACUUUCGUCUCUCCUCUCCGGAUCAUAUUUAACUUCUUUCAACAAAGCACUUCAAAUGCUUCUGUCCCGUUGACAUUUGCUGAAUCAGAGUUUAAUUCCCUAAAUUCCAGGAUUGUCAGUUCGACAGUGGGAUUGUUCAUUCAGGGUGGGUUUUCAAAAGCACCAGAAAGUGUUAUUGGAUUUCAGUGGGAGCAGGGCACAUAAAUCACAUCUUAAUAAGGGUAGUUAGUCGGUGCAAGGUGGCAGCGAGGUUUGGGCUUCCUUCACAGAAGAGAGAUGGAUCGGAGCUACAUUUUUAAACCACUGCACAAAGAAUUACAUCCUCUUACUUGUUGAUACCGGUUGUUAUGCUUGUAAAUUUGGAGAUCAUUGUGAUGAGUCACAGAAUUCCUAUUAAUUAAUUAAACAAAACAAACCAAUUAAAAACCAAAACUAAAAACAAAUCAGUGGCCCUAGAAAAUAACCCUUGUCUACCCCAGUGGGAUGCAAUCUGGGGGACUGUGCUUGUGUGACUCCUCAGUAGACAAGGUAACACAGUUAGCCCAUGUUUUUAUGUCAAUAAAUAGACUAAGCCUUGGACACUCUGCACUUCCUGGGACAGUGCGUCUGAGAAUUGUUAUGUUGUAUCAAUACAAUGUCUGUUAUAGUGGGUGAACCUGAGGCUCUAGCCCAGAGCAGGUAUUAAUUUUGUAUCCUAUCUCACCUUCUCCAGAGCUCAUAAAGUAACAAUACAUCAGUAAACUGGUGGAGAUCAAUGGAGCUAUGUUGAUAUACACCAGCUAAGAAUCUGGCCCCAAACAUUUAGUAGCAACCAGGUGGAAUUUUAGACUAGGUUCAGAAAUCCUGAAAAUGCUUUUGAAAUGUCCCUAGUGAAAACAAUCCAGUGAGAUUUGGAGACAAGCCAUCAAAGCAAAAGAUACAAGCAUUUAACCCCUCAGGGGUUCAGGUGGGAUUUUCCAAUACAGCGUAUGGGGCUCAGUUUCUAGAUGUUGUAAUUCAAACUGAUUUCACAGUUUAAUUGCGCAUUUUCCCUAACAGAUUAAAUGUAGUUGUUGCAGAUGAGGAGAAAUAGAUUUUGCUUCUGCCGCAGGAUGUUGUACAUCUUUCUUUGUGUUGGAUUUUUUUCUUUUUUUAUGAAAGAGGCAGAAUAUGAUGAGAACCUCCCUGUAUCACCACUAAGACAGCCCCAAAGAAUCAGCAUAUAUCUGAAUGACUUGUA